GAGUGUGUUAAAAAAAAAAAACUAAGAAGUUUUAUUAUUAUUAUAAUUAUUAUCUCUUGUUUACGUGAGUUAACAACACAAUUAUAAAGAAUGAAUUGAUGGUUGUUUUUAAAUAUAAUCAGCUGUCUUUAUCGUGCGGACAAUGUGUGAGUGAGUGAGUGCUAAUAGACUGCUAUCAAUACUCUAUAUAUGUAUAUGUAGCUUGUCAUUUUUUUGUGGCACUUUAUUUGGCGCUAUUCUAUAAAUUCUAUGCAGAAAUAUCUGAAAUGUCAUGAAUAAAUAAAUAGCAAUUGACAUUAAAUAAAAUAAUUUUUAAAUAGUUUUCUGUUAAUUUUUACUUGUUUAAUUAUUUAUUUAGUUAACGUCGAUUAAAAAUAGAGAUGUCAUUUAUUACAUCGUAUUUAAGUUUGUUUAUGUCGAUAUCUGUUGUGCGCAGUAAGAUCAAGUGAACAUAUACCAUAUAUACGACACAUAAAAUAAAUAUAGCAAACGUUUGUGUAUUACUGGUUUUACAUAAAAAGUCGUUUACUCACGUCAUACUAAAUAUAUAUAUCUUCCCUUUAAUAAUUAAUAAUAUUAUCAUUAAUAUUGUUAUUAUUACAUGUGAUAAUACUAUUAGAGACGCAGUUUUUUGUUGUUGUUAUUCUUUGAUUUAAACAGUGUGUGGUUGUACAUGAAAAUAUAAAUAUAUUUUAAAAAAUGGGAAAUGUGACAAGUGGUGAAAAUAAUGAUGAUUUAGUGGAUAUUCUAAAAAUUUUAGGAUAUAUAAAAACUAAAAAUGUUGAGCAAAUUUUUCGAGCUGUUGAUAGGGGUGAUUACGUUCUACCGAGCCACAGAAGUGAAGCUUAUAAAGAUUUAUCAUGGAAGAUCGGAAAUAUUCAUCUGUCAGCACCCUGUAUAUACAGUAAAGUUAUGGAAGGAUUGUCCCUGGAGCCUGGAUUAAGUUUCCUCAACAUUGGCUCAGGAACUGGAUAUUUGAGUACCAUGGCAGGAUUAAUUCUAAAACAUCAUGGAACAAAUCAUGGUAUUGAAUUGAAUAAAGAUUGCAUGGAGUAUGCAUACGAAAAAUUAGAGGAAUUUAAACAAAAGUCUUUAGCCAUUGAUGAGUUUGAUUUUUGCGAGCCAGUAUUUAUCCACGGGAACUGUUUGAAAGUAGAAUGUACUAGAAAAUACGACAGAGUAUACUGUGGUGCUGCUUGCCCAGAAUCUCAUGAAGCAUUUAUAAAACAAUUUGUCAAAGUUGGAGGGAUAUUAGUUAUGCCUUAUAAAGAUCAUCUGCUCCGUAUUGAAAGAGUUGAUAAAGACAGUUGGAAACAUAAAGUUAUGUUACCAGUUAUAUUUGCUUCACUAGUUUUACCUACAGAUACUAAUAAUAGUAGUAGUAGUAAUAAUAAUAAUAACAAUAAUAAUAAUAAUCAUAACAAUAAUAAUAACCGUGAUCAUCACAAUAACAACAAUAGUGAUAAAGUUGAAGAUGAUAGUCUUUGCCACAAUACUUCACUUAUAUUACCGUUUUCGGAGCCUUUGUCACUGCAAGAAUUAUGCCGAUAUAAAAUUCGGUGUCAGUUACGUGAAAAUAUUUGGGCUGAACAUCCAGAGCUAGAAAAAAAACAUCCAAUCACAGCAGGAGCUCAUAAAGCUGCAACCAAUUCAUUUUCUUCAGCAACUCAAUCUUCACUACAAAGAUGUAUUGUGCCGUUAUUUGAGGAAUCAAACGAUAAUUCAUACUACAGUACUCUAAAUGAUGAUGAUGAUGAUGAUGAUGAUGAAAAUGAUGAUAAUAAUGAUGAUGAUAAUGAGGACGAUGAUGAUGAUGAUGAUGGUAAUAAUGAUUAUGAUACUAACGGUGUAAAUAAUAAAGAUAGAAGCUUGAGAAUUCGUCGGCGUCAAAAUCGUAAAACAAGAUUAUUUUUUUGUCUUGAACAUCACCCUUUAGAUGAACCAAACGAACAAGAGGAACACGAUGAAGAUGAACAUGAUGAUGGAAUAGAACAAGUUACCUCAUUUCGGGUUGUAAAAAAAAUAUCUCCAGCUAAAAAUAAGUUGAAUUUAUUUAAAUUAGAUAGUAAGAGUAUUGACGAUAAAGACGAUAAUAAUAAAUCCAAAGAACAAGAAUUGUCGGGAAAUGCUUUCCAACCGUCAACUAGUCAGUAUUUAUCGCAGGGAUGCUCAAAUAAUGACAACAGUCAACAAGAACAAGACUCGAAAAUAAAUUCUAAUGACAUAGUUUUCACCUCUGCAAAAGAAUCAUUAGAUUCGUUAACAUGUGAUUCAAAUUAUAAAAUCAAUAGUAAUAAUCAUCUUGAUGAAGAAAUAAUGCAAGUUGACAAAGAACAUGAACAAUUAUCUGAGGAAAAUUCACCCGUUGUAGAUGACAGUCAGUCCGUUGAGCAAAAAGCCUCGAUAUUAACUAAUAUAAAAUUAUUAGAACAUAGCAGCGAUGUUGACGAUGAUGAUGAUGAUGAUUCUUCAAUGGAAUGGUUGAAUUCAAUAAAACCCCGACAUCAGCAGCAAACUAAUAAAUCGGGGAUACCCGAUUAUUUAAAUAACACUGAGAGUCAUCCAUCGUUAUCGAAGCGGUCAAAGGUUAAUAACAUUGAUAACAACGAUAACAAUUAUGGCAAUUCACAGCAGAACUGCAACCAUCAUAAUCAACCACGAGUUUGUGCUUAUAUUGUCGAUAUAAAAUCAUUAUCUUCUCACAUGAAAACAAAAAUAUCGCAAUUACCUUUGCCGAUAUCAUUACGAUUAUUCAUUAAUUAUAACCGUUCCUUGUAAAAAUAUACUUGUAC